UGCAGAAUCCGUUCCAUUGUGGGGAAUACCAAGUUCAGUGGCAAUGACUAAUUAAGUUGAAUUACAAUUACAUAUUUUACCUUCGACUGCAUAUAAUAAACCUCUAAUAAAACUAUGAUUACCUAAUACUUACUUACCUUCAAUUUACAACUAUCUAUAACUAAAUACAAGCUAUAAACCUCGUUCAUCCAUUGAAUUAGGCAUAAAAAAUAUCUUUGGCAUAUCGUUGACUUUGCGUAAAGUCAUAAUCAUAAAUUGUUACCAAAUCAAAACAAAUAAAACCUCUCGAAAUUUUUCUUUAGGUAUUUUACGCAAAUAACGGAUAAUAAUGAGUCAUUCUAUGAGCAGUCCUCGGAAUAUUCAGCUAGGUAAAUAUUGUUCAAGAAAAUCCUAUAUGAUAAUAAUACUGCUUAUGCAACCUAAACAGAUAUCGACCUACUUACCAAAACAUUUUAAUAUUUUACUAUUGUUUUCAAAUUUCAUUUUAAUCCCUCUAAAAUCAAGUAUUGGAAGUUUUCUGGUUUCUCUUCUUCCUGUUAUUGAUUGCCGGAAUAAGACCGUAGAUACUGUUUGAUUAUAUAAUAUAACCAUAACACGUGGAUUAGACUAUGCACAGUUCGUUUCAUGUAGGAUGGUGCGGGUGACAGUUCGUUUCACUCUUGAAAGUUUGCCACGAUUCACGAUAAUAGUACGUAUUAUGAACGUCAUACAGGCGACUGUCACCGUACCGUACCCAUACUAUCUGAAAAACACUAUAUGUAGGAGUGAAAAAAAUGUGUGACAGUCCAAUGUCCAAAAGGCUAAAAUCCGUUCAUAAAAAUGGCCUAGAAUAAAACUGCUCGUGGCUCGAGUCUAUGGAACGAUAACCCUGUAACUAGAUACAAGAUUUAAGGAAUAGUUUUUGGAAUUGCCUGUGUAGCGUCGCAGCAGCCAGCAGCGUUACACUCACGCAAUAAUUAUGCUUUUUAUUUUACUACCCUCCUUGGGGAUUUUUUCUCUUUCAUUUUUCUCUUUUUGUUUGUUAUUUUUUUUUUUUACCAAAUCAACUGUGGUUUGUGUUUUGUAGGCUUAAUUUAAAAAUGUAUUUUGUAAAAUAAUAAAUGAAAAUUAAAUAAUACCUAAUCUAAAUUUUUGAUAGUGUUCGAGACUUAUCAGAAAGCGCGAAUGGUGUUUGUCCAGACGAUGGCUGAAUUGGCUACACGUGCCACCAAUGUCAAAUGUUUGGAAAGCGCUGGAGUGCUGGACUUCCUCCGGCCGCUGCUCGUCGACCCGUGCAGCACGGUGCGGCAGUGCGCGGUGCUGGCAGUCGCGCGGCUCGCCGAGCACGACGAGGGCGUGGCGCGACAGCAGCUUAACGGAGGCAUGCUCACCGUCGCGCUGGAGAACCUCAACAAAUUCAACGUAAAAGAAAAUGCUGCAUGGGCAUUAGGAUACAUAGCGAAACACAGCCAAUACUUGGCUGGACUGGUGGUCGACGCGGGAGCUUUGCCGUUAUUGGUUUUGGCUUUUCAAGAACCUGAAAUUAGUCUGAAGCAGAUAGCUGCCGGAGCGCUCAUAGAUUUGGCGCAGUUCAAUCCCGAAGCCGUUGUCGACGCGGGAGCAAUCUGCCAUUUGGUACGAGGGCUAGAAAAUCAGGACCCUAAAUUGAAGCGCAGUACACUAUGCGCGCUGGGAGCGGUGGCGAGCGCGCGGCCCGAGCUGGCCGAGGCGGUGGUGGCGGGCGGGGCGCUGCCGCCGGCGCUGCUGCACGCGGGCCACGACAACGCGCCCGUGCGUCGCGCCGCCGCCUGCCUCUUGCGCGACAUCGUCAAACACUCUGUUGACCUAGCCCAGCUAGUAGUGAACACAGGGGGCUGCGGUCCGCUCGUGGAGCUGUUGUCCGAAGGCACGAAGAGCGCGCGAGUGCCGGCGAGUAUGGCGCUGGGCUACAUCGCCGGACAGUCUGACCAGUUGGCGAUGGCCGUUAUUGAAGCUAAGGCAGUAGUGACACUGGUGGAUAUACUGCAUAACGAAGACAGCGAGGACGCGGAGCUGUGCGCUGCCGCGUGGACGCUGGGGCACAUCGCCAAACACUCGCCGCAGCACAGCCUGGCUGUGGCCGUGGCCAACGCCCUCCCGAGACUAUUGCAGGUCUAUACAAAUCCCAAGUCAUCAGCGGAGGUCAAAGCAAGAGCAUCCUGUGCACUCAAACAAUCACUACAAUGCUGCCUGCACCGACCUGCACUGGAAACUUUGCUGCAUGCUGCUCCCACAUGCAUACUGAAAUAUGUACUUGCUCAAUAUUCUAAGAUAUUACCAAAUGAUGCCAGAGCUAGAAGAUUGUUCGUCACUACGGGUGCUCUUAGAAGAGUGCAAGAAAUAGAUACCGUUCCAGGGACGUCAUUAAAAGAAUAUAUUAAUAUAAUAAAUAGCUGUUUUCCAGAAGAAAUUGUACGAUAUUAUUCACCGGGCUAUUCUGACACUUUGCUUGAUAGAGUUGAAGCGUAUACACCUCAGAUUCCAGAAUUAUUUACAGACAGAGUACCAAGUGACUGCCAGAGCGAGUUAACGAUUGAAAACGGAAAAUAAAUUUUUAAAUAUU